AAUCCUUCAAGAAACUGAUAAAUAAAAUUUAUGGAUAAAAUCUUUUUGAUAGUUUUAAAUAUUUAUCGCUCUUAACUGUCGAGUGUGGCUGAAUAUUCAUCGCAAACUGUUGAAAUAAAAUGAAACGAAAAAAAAGGAGAGACCAGGAAGAUUUUUCGAGUUAAAAUUAUUUAGAUUUAUGCUUGUACUGAUAUAUAGAGCGUCAAUGAGAGGGGAGUAGAUUUCCGUGGGCGCAAAUUUAAUGAAUUAUUCAACGAGCGUCGCAAUACAACUCACUGUCAUUUUUUUUGGUUCAAUGGUAAAUGCGCGCUUUGUUUUUUUGAGAGAACCGAAGAGUAAUGAUGAUUUUUUGGAGGGAUAUCAAGAGUCUAAAGAUUUAGACUUGUCAUUUUUUGCUGGAGAAGAAAAUGAAGAUUUAAUAAAGAAGAUUUCUACUCCAGAAAAUCCAACAAUGACAAAAGAAGCUCCAAUUGUCUACAAUUUAAUACGAGCUCCAUCAAAAGAAGAAAAGUACCAGCGCAAAUUAAUAAAAUUAAAUAACUCCCAAAAGGGUGAAAUAAUUUUAGAGUUACGCGUAAUUGCUAACAACAAUUGAAUUUUUUAAAUUAAAGUUUCUUUAUUUUUAUAUAAUUCAAUUAUACAUACUUAUAAUUUACCUAGAUUGCACAUAAUUAUAAU